AUGGAAGAGCCACUUCCCAUGACGAAGCCGCGCGGCGAUUCAGCUCCACAUUCUGAUCCUCAAUACGCUGUGCCGCAGCCGUUCAAAGGGCAAUCGCUGGCCCCUCACUCCAGCCUCAAGCCAUCACAGCUGUCAGAGCCUACCCACAAUAUGCCAACACUCAGCGGCGGCAAUGCUGGCCGUUCUGAACGCCCUCGUAGGUCUUGCGGAUCCCGGCCUUUUACUGAGAGGGGCACUUCAAGGAGUGCCUUGGCGCUUGCGCCAGGUGAGGGCAAGCUUCAGGGGCAUCAGACCCCUGAAGGGCUUCCCGUCGGCUGUACGGAUGCACGAGAACAUCUGGAGCAGCGCGAAUCGGCAAAGACGGCCGAAGAACACCAGAAGGCCGCCUUUUCUGGAAAAACAGCAUCGAUGGCAGCCGGUACCGUCACAGAACGUAAAAGAGUCUGUGCCUCAGCCUUCGGAGCAGCCAAGCGAUCAAUGCAUGCAGCAAUAUGUGCACACACGUGGCCAUUGCGGCCAGCAGCAACAGGACGAGCGUCAAGACAGUCGGAAGGAGUCGGAGCAGCGGCAGCAGCAAAAGCCACGACGACACCAGCAGCAUGGGGCAGAAGGACUGCAACAGCAGCUCCAAACAGCACCGAAGCAGCAAAUGCCACACAGAAAGAGGUCGAAGACUCACGACGUCUCACAGCAGCCGCCGAUGCUACGAUGUAUGAGCGCAACCGCGAAGAGGCUUUGAAUAGCAGUGUCACAGCCCAGGAGGCUUCCAGUGCCGCAGCAGCGCCAGAAAAUGGCGAGAGCUCUGGCUAUGUGAACGCUCCAGCUUGCUCUACGGGAGUGACAACUGAAUGCGACAGCUUGUGCAGGUUUCAGGUGCUCCUGGUUCCAACGGAUCCAGAGUUCGACUUCACAGCGCUGCCACGGGGUCUGCAGCUGGAGAUAACAGUACAACUGGAUUAUCCGGGGGUUAAGGAUGUGUUCAGCGCGCCACUCAUCAAUGGGCAGCCUUCUGUAGGCCAGGGAGGCAGGGACGGGUUUGCGGCCCCUGAAAUGCAUCUACAGGGCGGAAGUGCGGUGGAUUCGUCUGUAGAAACCACAGAGCAAGGAAGACAAGCUGGAUCUGAUGACGCUUUUGUUCCAAGAGAGCAGGAGCGCGUGAUAUUCACAGGAUCACCCACAGCAGCGCUGCCGCAAGGGAUGCAGUCUGCGAUAUCUACCUCUCCUGUCUCGUCUGGUGCGUCCUCGGAUGCCCACGGUGUCAAGGGCCCCACAACUUCUGAGACUUUGGGGAAAGCUCGUCGUGUCGCGGCUUGGGUGCGGGUCUGCAACGAAGACAUCAAUGAUUGUCGACGGCAGGCCGUUGAAUCGGUUUUUUCAAAAGUGAUAAAGAGGCAGCUGGAUAUGCUGGUAGUGACGGACCUUGUGCGCACGGCGAUUAAAGCGGUGGAUCGAAACAUUAGGGAGAUAUUUCAAAUGGAUUCGGCGUUACUCGCCGCAGCUCUGGGGAAGGCAGAUGUGGCCUGGACCCAACAGGAGCAAAAGAAGCUAGAGGAGGCUGUGGUGCUGUACCGGCGUGUGGUGGAUCCGAUUUUGCGCUGGCGGAAUAUCAGCAGUCAUGUGGGUACGCGCAGUGCGAAGCAGUGCGCCCUCAGAUUUCAGCACUGCAGAGAAAAUGUCUUGAGCCAACGCCAGCAGGCAGUAGAUGAUGAUGAAGGCAGUUUGAAGCGAGAGAAUGAGGAUACGCAGCCUUCCUGUGAAGUGCGCCAACCGGAUGAUCGGGCGCAGGACGAAGACAAGAACGUCCACCUGGGGAAAGCGGGGGCUACAGCUGUAACGCUGCGUGGGUGCGAUGUUUCGUUGCUAGAACCAGUAGCAGAAGGUGCCACGUCUCUGCACCUCAGCGCCCUACGGCUUCAAGUGGCAUGCAGCCGCUGCAAGAGCGAAUUUGACAUGCGGGUUGUACUUCCCAAGAAUGGGGCCACUCUGGAGCCUGCAGGUUGUUCGGCGGACUGCGGGAAGUGUCGGCUGCGGAUAACUGUUAAAGCUCAACCGGUGAUUGGCGUGACCAGCGCUGCGCUAAUGCGCGUCGCCGUCGUAGAACCAAUUGAGUGCUUACUCAAGGACCUGCUGCCCUGCGAUUUCGUGCUGGCGUGCGACUGCUGCGGUGCGAACAUGAAGGCUCGGGAAGUGCUUAGCGGUAAAGCCCAUCACCUUGCGAACCGUAUAGUAACUGGGUACGGUUCUACACAUAUUGCACGAGCACGAGCAGCGCUACCUCCGGUUCCUGCGCUUAGUAUUGAACUACACGUAGGCGGAGUCCACACGGAAAUUUACAGGGGAAACCGAAAACAAGACUUACGGAUCGUUGUGGGAUCCCCGCUUGCAGACUUUGGCACGUGCAGACACUACAAAAAGUCGUAUCGGUGGCUGCGCUUCCCAUGCUGCGGCAAGGCGUACCCGUGCGAUAUCUGCCAUGACAGCCGUGAAGACCAUGAACACGAAUGGGCGACGCGAAUGAUAUGCGGUUUCUGUUCGUUAGAGCAGCCCUUCGCCAAUGGAAAACCUUGCGCCUGCGGGAAGGCGCUUACCAGGGACGGAGGCUCAGCACAUUGGGAGGGGGGCAAAGGAUGCAGAGACCCCAUCAGGAUGAGCCGAAAGGAUCCGCGGAAAUACAAACUUCAGAGCAAGCAGCAGCGAAAAGCCUAG